CCGUAGAUUUGUAAUGGUAUCCUAGCAACCCAAACAGACAUCAGAGUGGGUUAAACGGCAGCAGAGCAGCUCUAGCUACGUUUUUAUAUUUGUACUAACGUUACUUAUUAAAUUUACCGGCUAAUGCUACACAUAACGUUUAGUGUAACCCACUGUUAGUAAUGUAACGUUAGAGCUAAUUACUGUCGAACGUGAAGUUUAGUUGAAGAGACUCAAAACUAUCGUAACAUUAUUAGCUAGCUAGCUAAAUGCUACAAACGCUUGUGUUGCAUGCCAGGGAAGAUGGACCAAGCUUCUUAUCCUCGCAUCUAUGUGGAAAGAACUCUGGCCCUUAUUAAACCAGAUGCCAUCCACAAAGCUGAGGAGAUUGAGGACGUUGUCCUCAAAUCGGGCUUCAUUAUCCUGCAGAGGCGGAAGCUGCAGCUAAGUCCAGAGCAGUGCAGUGACUUCUACGCAGACCAAUAUGGAAAGCUUUUCUUUCCCAGCUUGACUGCCUUCAUGAGCUCUGGCCCCAUCAUUGCCAUGACUCUGGCCCGCGACAACGCCAUCGCCCACUGGAAGUCCAUCAUAGGGCCUGUCAACAGCACCAAGGCCAGAGAAACUCAUCCAGGGUGCCUUAGAGCAAAAUAUGGCACUUCUGACCUUAAAAACGCACUCCAUGGCAGCGAGUCGUUUCAUGCGGCUGAAAGGGAGAUCAAAUUCAUGUUCCCAAACUCUGUAAUCGAGCCUUUUCCCUCAAGAGAAGCAACGGCAGAAUACCUGAGCAGGUAUGUAAACCCAACUUUGCUACGUGGACUCACUGAGCUCUGCAAGUACAAGCCACACAAUCCCUGUAUUUGGCUUGCUGACUGGCUGAUCAACAACAAUCCAAACCAGCCUCAAAUAUGUGAUGGAAGCAUUCUGGAAGAAGCACAAUAACAACAGACACAAAAUGGGGCCCAAUACAUAAUUUCAGACGUUAUUUUUUAGACAAAUGUAUGCGUUCCGUACUAUGAUUAAACAAAAUGUCUUUUCAGCACUAA